AUGGUCCAGCAUGUGACCCGAGGCGAUUGGACUUCCUUCGCGCAGGCGUACCUGGAUCCCAUCGAGACUCUAGUCGUGGGGCCAACGAAGCCAAAGGUUCAUGGGGUGGUCGUCUGCGCGAUCCUGGCGCACAAGGUCGCAAAACAGCUGAAGGAGGCAUUGAAGCCAACAGGAGUUCCGUUUUUGCACGUAGCAGACUUUCUGGCUAGGCAUGUUGGGACAGAACUGCCAGAAGUCAAAACCCUCAGCCUCAUCGGACUAAAAUCUCCCGACAAUGGUUUGACUGUUCUUGUCCCAACAUCAGGGGCAUCUUUCAAUGAGGUCAACCGAGGCAUGCUGGAGGUGGCCAACGUGACGCCGACUACAAAAGUCAUGUUCGUCAAGGCGGCGAGGGCGCUAGUAGAGCGAGGCGCACGGGCGAUCAUCCUAGGUAGCACGGAACCGGGCUUUGUAACCAGCCAAGAGGAUAUUAGGGGAAAUGUGCCGUUACUUAAUGCUGCGACGAUACAUGCUGAGGGUGUUGCGAACCGGGCAUGUGUGGAGGCGUAAGUCUAAUUCCACUACCGAGUAUCGUAUUAACGUAUACGUGAGCAUUGUCUCGAUGUAUAUUUGUAUACAUGACAACUUGCCACACCUCGCUAUGCAUAUGGCCAAUAUACAUCUUCUUUAAUACCAUCAGCACUUCUUCUUCAACCCCGUCUUGAACAACCUAGAGCCCCCUCAUUAAGAAAGCCCCCAGCAUCGUAAACACCGCUGCCCACACACGCGCAGCAACACAGCCAUUCCGUCC